AUGGAAGCCUUCCUCGAAGAAGCCACCGUCUGGAAAGACCGCCUUCUGGUCAACAGCCGCAAGUCUAUCGAGCAAAUGUCCGCACAGCGCUGGAUCCGCAUCAUCCUCAUCAUCGGCGCAUACAUGCUCGUCCGCCCGUACCUGCUCAAGGGCGCGGAGAACCGGCAGAAGAAGAUCCGUCAGCGUGAGGCCGAGGAGCUGGGGCUUGACGCGGGUGUGUCUGCGAAUACUUUCCGUGGAGCUAGGAAGCCGGCUGGGAAGGGGCAAGGGCAGGGCAAGGUUUUGGGGGAGGUAGACGGGGAGGGGAGCGGGGAUAAGGCGACGAAGAGGAAGUGA